ACGUUUUCUGUCAAACCAUUUGACAUUAGUUCUCGUCCACUUCUGUCGGACGUCAAUGGUUUUCUUCAGCGGCGGUUUUCAACAACAAAUUAAGAUCUAUGCAAUUAUUUUUUACAAAAGUUAGAUUUCUUCCACUUAUUUGUAUCGAAAAGUCUACUCUGCACGAACAUUUCCGGGGUUUUUAUGCGUCCCCAAGCAAUCACUGUCUUAUCACUUGCAUCGUUUCGUCCACUUCCCGAGAUGCGAGACUGUUGACAAUUUUGUAUUUAUGGUGGUCAUUUUUGUAGUUGGAGAUAUGUCAGGGUUAGCCACAACAGCACCCUCAUCGGCUGACGCUUGCCUGAGCAUUGUGCACAGUCUCAUGUGCCACAGACAAGGGGGAGAAAGCGAAGGCUUCGCCAAACGUGCUAUAGAGUCCCUGGUGAAAAAGCUAAAAGAGAAAAGGGAUGAACUAGACUCGCUUAUCACUGCUAUAACCACCAGUGGGGCACAUCCGAGCAAGUGCGUCACGAUCCAGAGGACUCUCGACGGCCGCCUGCAGGUUGCCGGACGCAAGGGCUUUCCGCACGUUAUCUACGCUCGAAUCUGGCGAUGGCCCGACCUCCACAAAAACGAACUCAAACACGUGAAAUAUUGUCAGUUUGCGUUUGAUUUAAAAUGUGACUCAGUAUGUGUGAAUCCGUACCAUUACGAACGGGUAGUGUCCCCCGGCAUUGACCUCUCUGGACUUACGUUGCAAUCUGGAACCGCUCGAUUAGUGAAAGAUGAGUACACCGCUGGACCGGUCCCUGGAGGCAGUAUGGACGUAGACAGCGAAAUCGGCAUUGAAGUCUCCCAGACCAUCCAACACCAGCCCCCACAGCAGAAUUUCGCCCUGAGCGGACUUCAGGCACCUUCCACAAGUGAACAGGGAAUGUAUAAUUCACCAAACAGACCAGUUAUGGGACAUCCCGUACCUAAAAUUGAAGGGGGAGUUGACGCAUGUUCCAGAUCUAGUUGGUUACCGCACAUGCAUAUACCUCAUCGUGGGAGUAACCCUCCCGUGUCGCCCCAUUUGCAACAAAACGGGUUCAACAACUCCACCCAUACGACAACUGCUGUUGUUAACAACAACGGUGGUACCAUAAGCGGCAGCCAACCCGCGGCUACGGCUACCAUGGGCCAAUCGUUCACUGGGGCUGGUGGUACUUGGACAGGAUCUAAUACGUUAACCUACACCCAAUCAAUGCAGCCCCCUGAUAACCGCACCCAUCACACAGCUUACUGGAACACAAACCAAUGCAACGACGUAAACAUCGCUGGUCUGUUGUCCACCCAGCCAGCCCCCGAGUACUGGUGUUCCGUCGCCUACUUCGAGCUGGACACUCAAGUGGGUGAAACGUUCAAAGUACCCUCAAGCUGCCCGAAUGUGACAAUUGACGGCUACGUCGACCCCUCUGGAGGCAACCGGUUUUGCCUUGGUGCGUUGAGUAAUGUGCACAGGACGGACCAAAGCGAGAGAGCGAGACUGCACAUUGGCAAGGGGGUUCAGUUAGAUUUAAGGGGCGAAGGCGACGUUUGGUUGCGCUGCUUAAGUGACCAUUCCGUUUUCGUCCAGAGUUAUUAUCUGGAUAGGGAGGCUGGACGACAACCCGGCGAUGCCGUACACAAAAUUUACCCGUCAGCCUACAUAAAGGUCUUUGAUCUAAGGCAGUGUCACAACCAGAUGACAACUCAGGCAGCCACAGCACAGGCAGCGGCGGCGGCACAGGCGGCGGCGGUGGCGGGGCACAUCCCUGGACCGCACUCAGUCGGCGGGAUAGCGCCAGCCAUAAGUUUGUCGGCAGCCACGGGAAUAGGGGUUGACGAUUUGCGAAGACUGUGCAUCCUGCGCCUCAGUUUUGUGAAAGGUUGGGGCCCGGAUUAUCCUCGACAGUCCAUUAAAGAAACGCCUUGUUGGGUUGAAAUCCACCUGCACCGCGCUCUGCAACUGCUGGACGAAGUGCUUCAUACUAUGCCGAUUGAUGGACCCCGUGGGAUAGAGUAAUUGUGUGAAUAUUUUGAUCCCCUUUUGGUAGUUCGGUGGGCAAACAACGAUUGUUGUCAAUUCCGAAUUUUAUGUUUGGCACGAUUUGACGGCGGCAAGUUUGACAAAAUAUUUUGUAAGUGAGUAGUUUAUAAGUUUGUAAAUUACGCUUAUAUAAUACUUAAUUUAAUAAGUUUGUAGUGAUAAUCACUUAUUUUCUACAUGAAUAUAUAUUUUGUAAAUAUAUUGCAAACAAUUGCCUUACAGUCGGACAGAACUUUUCAUAUAUUUUCAUAAAAUUACCUUUUUUCAAUUGGUUUGUGCCAUUUUAUUUUGUAGAAGAUGGAUGCCAAAUUUGAAGUAGUAAUCGCACACGAAAUGAUAAGGGUAAAUAUGUACAUUAGGCUGUGAAAAACUGAGUAGUGUGUAAGUUUUUUUCGUUUUUGUUGCUUGAUAUUAGUGUGGUACUGAAUGUCUUAUUUAAGGAACCUCUUUUUGUAUUUUUCUUGUCACAAGUACCUAACAAACUGCAAUUUUUUCAUUUGCUGUGUAAAUGUAGAUAGGUAUAAUAUAGAUAUUGUCUGACACAAUGUAUGCUACUUUUUUGAGAAUUACGCCAUUAUGACAUGUAAUUGACAUUUUAUUUGCAUAAUAUUGUAUUUAAAACUUGUGGAGUAAAUGCUUCAUCAUUCCACAAAAGAUCUCACAUAACAAGAAACAACAUGCUGUUACCAAAAUUUUUACUACAUUCGUGAUUAAGUUUUUUACAGUUCAAGUAGGUAGUAACGAUGUGCUGAGAUCACAGAAAUCAUGCGUUUGAUUGCUUAUUUUUGUUUAUUUAUAAGCAGUUCACUUGACAUUUAAAAUAGCACAGGAUCCAAUCAUUUAUUUAUGGUUUUAUGUAAAUACCUAAAAUGUAAAAAUAAUUCUUGUAAAUAUACAAAAUUAUUAUAAGUGUUUAUGAAAACAUGUAUUGAGUAUUAUAAAUUUUUAACCUUUCACUAUAUUUUAUUUGGAAAUUGUUGAUAUAUACAUAUUUUAAUACAUUUUUUUGACUGCAUAAUGAAAUGUACAUUUAUGUUUAAGUGUUGUAUUUACAAGAACGUAUAAAUUACAAGUCAAAUAAUUUUAAAAUAAUAAAAUAUUACAUAUA